AUGGCGUCUCAACUCGCUAUGAUCGAGGAUACCAUCGUGGGCUUAAAGAGAGCGCUUGCUCGUGAGAAGCUAGGUCAGGAUGCCUACGACGAGCCAAUAAGUCAGCCAACAAACCGAGGCAAUAAAACGAGAUUGAAUGCAAAAUAUGUCCACCAAGGGUCACUUGGUAUUAUGAAUGGCGAGGACUUUUAUCGAAAGAAAGUGGACCACGCCGGAUAUGCACGGCGUAUUUUGCAAUAUAAUCCUGUGCGAUACGAUUCGGAAGGCGACGAACUUGAUGAUGACGACUCGGAUGCGACAGCGGAUGCCGAAGCUGCAGAGGAAAAUCCAUACUCGGGUAUUUCACUUGAGACUCUGCUCGCCCCGUUGAAACAUCCGUCGGAGCUCCCAGAACACCCGUCCAUGGCGGAGCCGUACAAAAGCAAGGCGAUAUCGCACAUGGUGGAUCUCAUUGACAAGCGGCUUAGGCAAGAGCGAUAUGCGCUUUGGCAGGCUAAAAAAGUCCAUCGACAGUUACUGGGGGAUACUCCGUGGAUUCCUUGUGGAGCCGUGGAGAAGCCGCAGGACAGAGCGAUCUUUGAGCCUGCAUUCCUUUUGCCCAAAGAUCUUCAGCAGCUCGGCUCCAGUCUGCCCGACCACAACGCCCAUUCCAAUUGCCAUUCCUCAGUUGCUCAACCUUCCCACCUAGAUCAGGGCUCUUCCCUCGACAUAGAGCCAAACCCUCGACCCCAACCUCUGACUAAUGGUCCGACUACGAGUGAAGCAUUCUCUAGGGAGGAUUGCGAAAUGCUAGAUGUACUAGACGAUAAGGACAACGAGGUAGAUGCCCAAAUGGAGGAUGUUAACCCAUCGCAGACCGAUAACUCUAAAACCGGCGUGUCAGAAUCACGGGAUAAACCUCCAGGGUCAGGAACGGAACCCAUUGAAAUUCCUGGCAUACUCAUACCAGACGGGGAAAAUGGCCAAGACUUGGAGAACAAGCAGGAUGGUGACGCAAAGGAAAAUGAUACUUCUUCGCCGACACAGAUCCCGAAAGCUGAAAUGGAAAUUGACGACGAUCCUCUCGAUACCGCUAUUGCCGACGAAGAGUCGCCCGAACCUCCUCGCCGGAUGACAACUCGUGCGCAAGCGAACCAAGUUACCCAACAAGAUGGGAGCCAACCCCCAUCGCCCACAGUGUCUGGUGACACAGCAAAUGCUUCCGACAUUGAACCUGACGACACAACGCCUCAUCCAUUAUAUCGAUUUCCAUCUAUAAAGAUUGACGGCAAUUGCGGCCUUCCAGUAAUUGAAGCUGAAGAAACGCGCCACCUGCUCUGGGCUUAUAUUCAGAAACAAAGUGAAACAGUUCGGCUAUUUGCCGAUAUUUUGGAAAUGUUACGGAAAUCUUAUCGGAUGAAAGAGGAUGUGUUUGAAUGGUGCAAGGCGGAGGGGCAUCUUGGAGAAAUGAGCGAUGGAGAGGAUUGGUACGAUAGGGAAAAGUGGGGAUUGGAGGGUGAGGACUUGAAGAAAGGAGCAGAUGAAGAGGAGCAGGAGGUGGAUGAAGGUCGUGCAACUGGCAAGAGAGGGCGCCGGAGACAAUGA